GUGGCCUGGGGGCAGUUUUGUUAGCGGGACAGGCGUCGGGCGUGGAAGCUUCUCGCACCCUCGUCUCGCACCAAAAUCCAACCGUGACCAAACUUUUUGGUGGUUCCGGACAGUGACCGCAGCCCCCGCCUCGCCCUCGACGACGCUGCCCUGCCCUCCGCACGCUCGCCUCCGAUGGUGCUUCCCUCCCUCUUCAACAAAGCCGCAAAGAAGUCCAAGCCCGCCGACAGCCCCAGCCAGACGCCGAAGCCCUUGUCGCGCAGCAACACGGGCACCGCUCCGCCCUCGUCGCCCGCCCACUCGCGCGUGAGGGACCGCGAGCGCACCGCCAGCAGCCGCCGCUCGUCCAAGCACGACACGCGCGACUCGCACCCGCUGAACCUGCCGCCCGAGGAGCGCCAGCGCCUGUCCUUUGCCAUGUCCUCGGCCAUGGCUGACCAGCCCCUGCCCUCGCCCACGCCCACGCCCGAGCCCAUGAUGGACGUCGACCGCGAGGCCUCCAUGUCGCCGCCGCCCGCGAGCCCCACGGCCGCCCAGCAGCCGCCACCAGCAAACGGCGAGAUGGAGGGCCGCCCAGCGCCCCCGCCGCACCGCUACACGGCCAGCCCGGCCCAGCAGACGGGCUCCUACACGGCCCCAGAGGUGCCCCCGCUGCCGGCCGAGGCCCCGACCAUCGACGCCGAGGACUACAAGGCGGCGGGCAACAAGUUCUUCAAGAUCCGGGACUACCCCGCCGCCAUCCGCGAGUACUCCAAGGCCAUCGACGCCGACUCCAAGAACGCCACCUACUACUCGAACCGCGCCGCCGCCUGCAUGUCGGCCAACCGCUUCGCCGAGGCCAUGGAGGACUGCCGCCGCGCCGACGAGCUCGACCCGAACAACAUGAAGAUCCUGCUGCGCCUGGGGCGCGUCUACACGAGCAUGGGCCGCCCCGACGAGGCCGUGCAGGUCUUCCGCUCCAUCAACGCCACGGCCAAGGACACGCAGCCCGCCCUGACCAUGCAGAAGCACCUGCGCAUGGCCGAGCAGACGUUCCACAACGGCGGCGCCGGCUCCAUGGUCAUCUACGCCCUCAACGAGGCCGAGAAGGGGCUGGGCGCCGGCGUCGACAAGCCGCGCAAGUGGCAGCUGCUGCGCGGCGAGUCGCACCUGCGCAUGGGCAACGUCAACGCCCUGGGCGAGGCGCAGAACGUGGCCAUGUCGCUGCUGCGCAACAACAGCAACGACCCGGACGCCCUCGUCCUGCGCGGCCGCAUCCUGUACGCACAGGGCGAGAACGACAAGGCCAUCCAGCACUUCCGCCAGGCCCUGAGCUGCGACCCGGACUUCAAGGACGCCGUCAAGUACCUGCGCAUGGUGCAGAAGCUCGAGCGCAUGAAGGAAGAGGGCAACGCCGCCUUCAAGGCCGGCCGCAUCCAGCACGCCGUCGACACAUACACGGGCGCCCUGCAGGUCGACCCCGCCAACAAGAACACAAACUCCAAGAUCCUGCAGAACCGCGCCCUGUGCCAGUCCCGCCUGAAGAAGUGGACAGAGGCCGUGGCCGACUGCGACAGGGCCCUCGAGCUCGACCCCGCCUACACCAAGGCCCGCAAGACAAGAGCAAAGGCGCUAGGCGAGUCGGGCAACUGGGACGAGGCGCUGCGCGAGUACAAGGCCAUCCAAGAGGCCAACCCGUCCGAGCCCGGCAUCGCAAAGGAGAUCCGCAACGCCGAGCUCGAGAUGAAGAAGAGCAAGCGCAAAGACUACUACAAGAUUCUCGGCAUCGAAAAAGACGCAACAGAACAGCAGAUCAAAAAGGCAUAUCGAAAGCUGGCCAUCAUACACCACCCCGACAAGAACCCCGGCGACGAGGAGGCUGCUGAGAGAUUCAAGGAGAUCCAGGAGGCCCAUGAGACGCUGAGCGACGCAGAAAAGCGUGAGCGCUACGACUCUGGCGCAGAUCUCAUUGAUCCCUCCGACAUGUUCGGCGGCGGGCGGCGGCAUGGGCGGUGGACGCGGGGGCGGAGGCGGCUUCCACUUCCAAACGGGCGGGGGUAGUCCGUUCGGGGGCAUGGGAGGGGGCAUGCCCGGCGGCGGAGGCAGGCAAAGAGGCCAGGGAUACCCGGGUAACUUUCCCUUUUGAACAAGAAAAA